UCUCUCGCGGCUUCUCCCUUUAACUCUGUGCGGUCGUCUCGCAUGCGCCGUCUCUUCUCUGUGUCUUCGGCCUCGCGGAACCUGGAGAAGAAGCAGUCUCUCUUUUUCUUGCAACGUUUUCUCCGAACACCGCGUUCCCUGUCUCCGCGCUUUCUCCUCUUUGCUCUGAGUGAUUCUUCUCUCUGCUCGCUUCUCCCCUCGUUGCAUCUGUGCGGUCCAACGUCCUUUUCGCAGCGAGUUUCUCCGCGGCCUCGCGUCGUCAGCCGACGCAGGCGCAGGCGGCUCGGUCCAGUGCUUCUGCGUCCGGUCUCGACUCCAAUUCUCUCUUUGUCGCUCCGUCGUUGUCUCGCGUCCAUCUCGGCAACCUGGCGCGGCCUUGUGAAAAAUCCACGAGCUCUGCCGCAGAAGACUCUUGUGCUCGCGUCUCCUCGCAACUUCUCUUCACUUGGCCUUCGCGACGGCAUCCCGUCUCGUCUCUCUCUCUCGCGGCCCCAGCCGAUCUGCUCGGUUGAGCUUCGCGUCCUUUCCUCGAAGCGCUGAGGCGGCCGGAAGGAGAAAUAGCUUGCUCCUCCCCGAUUUCCUUCGCUUUCUUCGUCGUUUGCCGCUCUCCCCGUCUCUCUCUGUCUCACUCUAUCUCUCCGCUCCAAGAUGGCGUCUGCACUCGAUGAUGACUACUUGCGAACGGGCGGAGUCCAUUCGAAUCUUUCGCUUCUCUCCUCUCCCGUCUCUCCAACUUCUCUCUCUGCUCCUCUCUAUCCUUCUCAGUCUUCUUUCGCGCUCUCGUCUCAGCCUGCGAAGAUCGCCGGCGACUUGUACCUCAACGGCUACGGCAAGCAAUUCGGAGACAAAGUCACCUACUCUGCAGGCAUUUCGUACGCAGCCGGUCUGACUCUCGGUGGACUGUACGGAUUCGGAGCCGGUCUCAAGCGAGGAGGCAGCACAGCUCGCCUGCGCCUCAACGCGAUCCUCAACGGCUGCAGCGACUACGCACCCAAGGCAGGCGCUCAGCUUGGCACCAUCACUCUCUUCUACUGCUGCUUCAACAACCUCCUCGGCCUGUUUCGCGAAGACGAACCGACGAAUGCGCCGAUCGCAGGAGCAGCUGCGGGAGCGCUGUACAAGUCCAUGGCGUCCUGGAAGGUCUUGGGUGCCUACUCUCUCACAGCUUCCCUGGCGUUCGCUGGAAUCGACCAGUACCUUCGCAAGUACGUCUGAGCCUGCUCGAGUGUAGCGCAGCGCGAGUCGCAGAAGGAGAAGCACAGGCGAGGAAGAGAAGAAGAGAAAGAAGAGAAAGACGGCGACUGGAGUGUCGAAAAAGCUUUGUCGACGCCACGGACCGAGGAACGAACUGUCUCUGCAUGCUUCGUGCGUCUGGAGGGCAACUGCGACGUCUCGCAAAACGAAGAAGAGGAGGGAGGAAGGAGGAUAAUCAGGAACCCAAAACCGAUGCAUGCAUGAAUGUCCUUCUUUCAAACCUUCUUCUCGUUUUGAAAGCAUCUGCAGACAUACGUGUAAACACUCGCGUUGAUGUGCAUGUUUGUGUAUCGUCGCUUCAAGCAUGUGAGUAUUUGCGUAUAUAUCUCUGGAGGACUAGAAUCCUGUAUAGCGGCCUUGUGCGUUGUCUGUCUUCGAGUUGCCUUUGGGUCGUCGCUCUUCGCUGUUCCGCUCCCUUGCUUUCUUCUCUUCUCCGUUUGCUGC